AUGACCAUCACCUACCUCCGUUCGCCAAGCUUCUCCGGGUCACCCAUGCUCGACGCCUCGCCGCCCAUCUCCGCAGACGCGCUGCCCUUCGCAUCCGGCUCGAGCACCUCGUCGGCGGCGCGGCGCUGGUCCAUCCAGUCGAUCGACACCGAGGAGAUUGUGGUCCCCAACGACGCCAUGGAGGCCGGCCUCAGCCUGCGCAGGCUGCCCGCUUCACCUUCCAUGGGUGCGAUCGCAGCCGACGACGACGGCGUCGCUCCCCACAUGUCGAGGAGCAUGAGCGACAAUGAAGCCGUCGGUCUGGGCAUCAGCCGGCGCACGGCGGCCGCUGUUAGGUCUCCGCCAUCGAUCCCCAACCGACGCAGCCAGCUCAUCUUCGAGCAGAAGCUGCAGGAGAAGCGUGGCAUGUUUAGCGACACGGGCCACCUCAGCGCCUGGAGCGCGGCAGGCUCUCCUCUGAGCGGCGGAGGCCUCUCGCCGCGGACACGUCGCAGACGCCCGGGCACCGCUCCCGUCCACAGCGACCAGUACCCGUCGCCCAAGACGCCCGAAUCGGCCCCGGCCUUCUUCGACGUCGGACUUCGUCGGGAGGGCGCCAGUCCAGGCGGUCUGCGCGAGCUCACCAUCGGCUCGGCAGCUGCGCCAGCUUCGAAGCGGGCCUCGUGGAUCCGGCGCGGCGGAGGAGAGGCGCUCAGCGACUCGUCGCAUUCCUACCUCUCGGCAGUCUCGCGCCCCUCGAGCGGCGCCCCAUCCUCGCGCAGGCACAGCAGCUUCCUCGGCGAUGGCAGGCACAGCCAGACGCUGCCCGUCUUCACCAAUACCAGCUUCGAGGUGCCAGGAGUCGGUCUAGCGCAGGCUAAGCGGCUCAGCGAGGGCGACAUCGUUCGCGACAGCACGCGUCGGAGCAGCAGCGCCAGGGACUCGCUGCCUUCACCCGAGGAAGAGCUCGAGGAGGAGCUCCUCCAAAGCAAGGACCAAGAAUGCGCCACUUCCGAGGACAGGGGCGAGGGUGAAGCUUCGGCGAGGCCGGGUUCGAGUACGAGUCCGGGAUCGAGCCCAACAGAUGCGAUCCGAGGAGGCGUCGUCGGCGGAGCCGACCUCAGCGGAGGGACAGGCGAUACAAACGAAGCCGGAACGGCGCAGCAACCGGCAAACGCCGCCGCCGCCAACGAGGUUCCGGCGGGGAAUGCCGACGUCUCUGCAGCCUCACGGCAGCCCAUCAGGGCCGAUGGACUACUGUCGCCUUCCUCCGUCAAGUCGGAGCUGCUUGCGGUGCCGCCGCGCCGCUCUUACGACCGGCGCGGCAGUAGCCACUCGGACGGCGCGUUGGACCACUCCCAACACCCCGCCAGCCUCGACUCUGCGCUGCGCCGAGGGAGCGCCAGCUCGGCUGCCUCCGGAGAUUCCGGCUCCACCUACCGGAUUCGCAGAAAACCUGUCCCGCUUCAGUUUCGCGACGACAAUGCGAGCGUCGUGUCUUUUGCCUCGACGUCGGCGUCAGCAUCCGUCAAGUCUCCGAUCGGCGCAGCCUUCGACCUGCCCAGCAGCCGGCCUUCGACAGCCGAUGCAGCGCCCGUCUCACCCAGAUCGAUGCCCGCUCCGGCAUUGCCGGCGGCGACCGAUGCGAACACAGUCGGCCCCGCCGGGGCAUCCGAGGAUCCCGAUCAGACGCCCACGAUACCGCAGGUGCAGCGGAUCGCGCACACUCGGACGCCCAGCGGAUCUGACUUUAUGCGCAAGGCGCAGGAGGCCGCGCAAGCUCGGAUGGAGGAGAUGAAGGCUGAGAGGCUACGGGCGGCGGCGUCCAAGGGCAAGCAGCCACAGAGUUCAUCGGGGCGGCCGAUGCGCCGGGUGCGGCCCUCGACGGCCCAGGCAGCACCACAAUCGGAGCUGAAGGGCUCGACUUUUGCAUCGCUGAGGCAGGACGCCCAGGUCAAGAGCGGUGUCGCCGAGGAGACGGCGGACGGCGACCAAGGGACGGAGACAUCGGAUGGGCAAGCCAGGGCAAAGACCCCGUCCGCGCUCGGCGAAUCGCAGGCCUCGGGCUCAAAAGGUCGAUCGCGGUCCAGAGCCAACCUCAAACGGCCCUCGACAGCCCCGACCGGCGGCGCUGGCCAGUUCCGCCGAGGCUGGGACGCGGGCGAGGUCCCGUCCUUUCUCGAGAUUGAAGGACUGCAAUUUGUCUUUGACGACUUGUCGACCAAGGACAAGGACGGCGAGCUGGCGGAGAGGAAAAAGACGGCAGCCUUGGUUCCCAACGCCGUCCUGCUGAACCGAGAUCCAAAGCCGGCCCAGGAGCCGUCUCGCGCCGGCAGCCAGCAUCCGAAACCCUCGCACGGCCCCAAGAGCGCUGCUGAGGAUGCGACGACGCAGAAGCCGGCCCCCGCCAUUGUGCCUGGGCCGCAUGCCCCGAUCCAAUCGGUCGGCUGGGGCCUUGAAGAAGAGGUCCGUGUCUCGGACCGGGUCAAGGGUGCCAGCGUCAAGACCAGGGCAUCCGUCGAACCUGCGGGAGCGCCGGGCCGAUCCGAGAGCGUCAGGCGUGGCGGCUCAAGGUCCAACGAUCCCAAGGUGCUUCCAUCUGCACCUUCGCGCCCGCGGGACACUGCGCGAACGCCUGCCUCGAUCGAUACGCCGCCACCUGGCUCCUACUCGAUCCAUCCGCCGACGAUGCUGCAGCUCUUCGAGGCGUCUCAGUGCACCCUCUACGACGAGGAUGGUGGCCAGGUCGUGUUCGGCGACCUGUUCAAGGCGCGGAGGACGCUGGUCUGCUUCCUCAGGCACUGGUGGUGCGGCUUCUGCCAGCAAUUUGCCAUGUCCCUCAAGAAGAUCGACCCGAUGCCCCUCAAGGCGGCCAACAUGGAGCUCGUCGUCGUCGGCCAGGGCGACUGGCAGAUCAUGAAGGCGUACAAGCAGGUGAUGGAGGUGCCCUACCGGCUGUACGCCGACCCGAAGCGCAACAUCUACCGCGCUCUUGGCAUGACGAUGCGCACAAACGAGGCCAGUCCCGCCUGCGCAAGGCCCGACUACGCCCAGCUCGGCAUGACCAAGGGUAUCCUGAUCGCCAUCAAAAAGGGCCUCUUUGACAUGCCGAUCCGCAGCCCCGGAGACAUGAAGCUGCUCGGUGGCGAGUUCAUCCUCGGGCCCGGCCUGCAGUGCACCUUUACCCAUCGCAUGACGACGGCCGAUGGCCAUCUCGACGUGCCCAGGAUCCUGGCUCAGGCGGGUUGCGACCUCUCUCUCAAGUCGCCAAAGCCGCCGCCGUCGGCCGCCGAGGCCGCAGCCAGGCUUGCGACGUUGGCCGGAGGCAACAGGAACGGCACCGGCCGCUCUUUUGGGCGUUCCAAGCAGAAGAAGGAAGCCAAGAGGGAGGCGCAGGCGCUGGCCGCCAAGACGGGCACGGUAGCCACGCUCUCCUCGUUGGGCUCCGCCUCGUCGACGUCUGGCUCGCUGAGCGCCUUGCAGGCUGGCAACAAGCCUGCCCGUCCUUCGCUCUGGGGCCGCUUCCCCGGCAGUCGUCUCAAGAGCAGCCGAUCGCAAGUGUCGCUGCCCAGCGCCGACAGUAUGGCCGACCUCUCGCACACCUUUGCCUCCGGUCGCGACCACGGACGCUCGCUGUCGAUCAUGCGCAAAAUCUCGUACGAGUCCCGCAACGUUGACUCGUACAGCUCGGCGCGGGCGCCGUCGACAGAGUCGAGCAACAUGUCUUUCUACUCGGGCAUCGACCGGUCACAGACCUCGACGCCGCUGCCCCCGCCGGCCAAGGCCAUCGAGGCUGGGCUUGGGCGCGGUCGCGGGCUGGACUACCUGAGCGCGAGCCCUUCGAACGAUGCGUUGGACACGCCGCGCGUUGCCUCCUCGCCGAGGUCCUCGCCCUUGCUCAGCUCAGACACGUUUGCGAGCAAGGAUGGGCGCACGCACGACUCCAAGGCCUCAUCGAUCUCAUCGGUCUCGUCGGGCCUGCCUGCGGCUGCCGCGUCUCUGUCGAAGCCGCUAUCCGACCGAGUCCUGUCACAGAAUGCCGUCCAGCACUCCAAGGCGGCCACGAGGUCGUCGACGCCGCUGUCAAGCUUCAAGUCGCAGAUCCUUCUCCGACAGAGCCAGUCGGGCGGCAACCUUGCCGGCGGUGUCAAGGACCGGAGCCAGUCAGUCCCGCCGAUUGCAGCCAUGAAGGACGCAAAGGCUGGCGCCUUCGCCGAGCAACAACGAGACAGGCGCCAGGUCCACGAAGUCGACCAUCUUCCCCGUGCUUUGCCAGCUGGCCGCGAGAUGCCCGAGGCGCCCGAGUCGGUGCGCAGCCAUCGAUCCACCAGCGAGGCCGACUCGAUCGACUCGAUCGAGUUCGAAGGCAGUUGGAGGGCAAGCGAAGAGGUCAAGACGCGGGCCAGCGACGUGCGAGACCCGGCUUUGGCCGAAGCCCGCGGCUCGGUGUCUUCGCGCAUGUCGCGCGGCGUCUCGAACGACGUCGAACGUGCCAGCGACUCGUCGAUGGCCGGCAGCUUCCUGAUGGAACUCGACGUCUACGACUCGCUCUCGCGUCAGCCCUCAGGACGCUUCUACAAGGAGCGCCUCGGCGAUGCCGACGCAGAGGCCGGGUUCGGUCCCGCCCCCUCUUCCCUCGGGCAGAUGCAGGCGGCCGAUUCCGACAGCGACACCGAGCCCACCUUUGACGGCCAGUCGGACACCGCCAACACGCCGACGAUGGUGUGGACGCCUCGGCUGCGCAGCCCCGACGGUGUCGGCGGAGCCACCAAGACGUCGGUGUCGAGGUCGCUCUCGACCGGCACGCUGAGCGAGUCGGCCACGGCCUCACCGACGAUCUCGCCCAGCUCGUCGCGCAGCUCUACCUUUGCCAGCCCCAGCAUGGGCAGCCUCUACGGCUUCGGCGGCUACCGCCCCAACUAUGGCCUGUCGGCCCACCUCGAGGAGGAAGAGGAGGAGGAGGAGGAUGACUACGAGGAGGGCCAACAACAGGUGCCCAAGUCCAAGGUCGUCGCCUCCGCCGCCGCUCGACGCUGGUAA